AUGUGUUGGUAUCAGCUCGGGCGAAGGGCAAGACGGUGGCCGAGAAGGCUCCGAGAGGCGGACGGUGGCCGAGAAGGACCGGCAUGGAGCACCUGGAGCGCUGUGCGUGGUUUCUCCGCGGGACGCUCGUGAGGGCGGCGGUGCGGCGCCACCUGCCCUGGGUGCUGGUGGCCGCCAUGCUGGUGGGCUCGGCCCUCAAGGAGCUGUCUCCGCUGCCCGAAAGCUACCUCAGCAACAAGCGCAACGUCCUCAACGUGUAUUUUGUUAAAUUGGCCUGGGCCUGGACAGUCUGUCUCCUACUGCCUUUCAUUGCCCUCACCAACUACCACCUGACGGGCAAGACCAGCCUGGUCCUGCGGCGGCUGAGCACCCUCCUCGUGGGCACGGCCAUCUGGUAUAUGUGCACAGCCCUCUUCUCCAACAUUGAGCACUACACAGGCAGUUGCUACCAGUCCCCGGCCCUGGAGGGCAUCAGACAGGAACACCGGACCAAGCAGCAGUGCCACCGGGAAGGGGGCUUCUGGUACGGCUUUGACAUCUCAGGCCACUCCUUCCUACUGACCUUCUGCGCGCUCAUGAUCGUGGAGGAGAUGGCCGUGCUGCACGAGGUGAAGACAGAUCGCAGCCACCACCUCCACGUUGCCAUCACCACCCUGGUUGUCGCCCUGGGCUUCCUGACCUUCAUCUGGGUGUGGAUGUUUCUGUGCACGGCCGUCUAUUUCCACGACUUGAUCCAGAAAGUGUUCGGCACCAUGUUCGGCUUGUUGGGCUGGUAUGGGACAUACGGCUACUGGUAUCUGAAGUCUUUCUCUCCCGGGCUUCCUCCUCAGAGCUCCAGUUUGACUUUGAAGCAAGAUACUUACAAGAAAUGAAAGAGAGGGACAUAGGGACAGGAGGACAAUGGCUAAUAGAAUCCUCACCUACUUUGUCCAGUGACUGGCUGAAUUAUCCGUCCCAUUCCAGAGAGAGCCUUUUCUAUGUACCUUUGGAGUGGGGGACGUCUGGGGAACAAGUUUAGUCCUCAGACUCUGCUGGUGGUGCCACCAUGUUCCCAACAGCGCUAUUCCUGUUGGAUUCUUCUCAUCUCUGGCAAGAUGUGACCUUAAUCUGUUCCCAGAGGGAGGACGAAGGCUCGGCAGAGGUCUAGUGGACAGCCUCGUCAUGUGGGUCAAGGGAAAACCAGGGUUUCAGGGCUCUCUGCUGUGGCCUCCCUGGCUCUGCUUCUCUUUAGAGUCUAGCGGCCACGGUAAUGCUGUUCAUUUAACAGCAUUUCCCCAUGGCUGACUCUGAGAUAAGCAUUUGUCUCUGGCAGGUUCUUUAGUAAAUACCCCAGUGUCUAAAGGACACUUUCUGGCUGUAGCAUCCAGUCCUCUGCCUGGAACCUGGCCGUGAUUCCCAACAGGGGUCCACGACCCUGCAGUGCCUGGAUGAUUGUUGAUGGUGGUAAUUUUGUUUCUCUGUGUAGCCCUGUGUGUCCUGGAACUCGCUCUAUAGAUCAGGCUGGUCUCAAACUCAGAGAUCGGCCUGUGCCUGCCUCCCGAGUGCUGGAUUUAGGUGCACACUGCCCCGGCACGCUCGGAUGUUUUCUGUUUUGUUUUGGUUUUUUGCUUUUGUUUUUUUCUGUCCACACUGUGUAUCGUCCGUUAUGUGUUGGUUUUUGGAGCGGUAACAGAAAACCCCAUUUUCUCCCUUCUCUCCUGAGUGAGUGCUCUCUGGUUUUAAUCAUUACGACGCCAUUUGUUCUUUGUUAGCAAAUCCCCCGGCCCUACACCUUGGCAUGUGAAGACUGUUUGGAGGGGUUUUUGUUUUUUAGAACACUAACUUUUUCUAAG